AUGUCGAAGAACCGAACGGGCCUCUACCUCGGUCUCGCCGCUGCCGGCGCUGGCGGGUACUACCUUUACCGUGCUGGCGGCGAUAUCAACAAUGCCCGAUCCAAGUUCAAGCUUGACGAGCGCAUCCCCGAACUAGCCCAGGAUGGCAAGGAUAAGCUCGAUGGAAUCCGCCAGGACGCCCGCGACAAGAUCGACCAGGUGGAUCGGACUGUUGAGCAGAAGGCGGCAGAGGCCAAGGGAAAUGUCUCUGGUUGGUUCGGCGGGAAGAAAUAG